UAGAGAAGAUUGAGCUGCAAUUCUAUACAGUGAAUACCAUGGGCUUAAACUAUAAACUGGAAGCUUUCUACCAUUCGAUCAGACACGUACGGUACCAAUUUGACAGCUGGUUUCGUGAAUGAUAGGCCAUGGUUUCUUUAUAUUGGGACUGGGGCAGAGAGGUUCCAGUAAGGUCACAAGUCAUUUUGAGACCACAGAGUUCUACUGUGAUCUUUUCCCCCUUGGUGUUUCACUAAUUUUCACAAGGAGGAAAGGAGAAAUGUCAACCUUACCACAAGAAGUCAUUGAGGAAAACAUACUCACGAGGUUGCCUGUCAAGUCCGUAUUAAGAUUCAGGUGUGUUUGUAAGAAUUGGUGCAAUAAUCUAUUCAAAAACCCUCAUUUUAUAGAAAUACAUCUUCAACGUACUGUUGCAGUCAAUAACUUUAAUCUUCUGGUUAUCAAUCAAAAAACUGAUCAUAGUAAACCUACAGAUAUUUACAUUUGUUCAGUUGAUCACAAUGUUUUAUCAUCAAAAUAUUUGGGUAAGGCUGUUGGGAUUGACUAUCCAUUUAUGUCUAAGAAAUGUGCAAGUCAACUUAUUGGUUCUUGUAAUGGCUUGGUUUGCAUUGAGCUCUAUGGGAAAAUUUGCAUUUGGAACCCAUAUACGAAAGAAUACAGACAAGUACCAGCAACCCCAAUUGAGUCUCCUUCUGCCGUGGCAAGUUGUAUACAGAUUUCAUAUGGGUUUGGUUUCGAUUGCAAGAUUGAUGAUUAUAAGUUGUUAAGGAUUGUGGGUUUUGCAGAUAAUGAAGUUUCUGAGGCUAGAGUUUAUACGCUACGAUCGAAUUCAUGGAAAAGCCUUGGAUUUAUACAGUAUGAUUUUUCUUGGGAUAGAAAUCGCGGUCAUCUUGUUGAUGGUGUUCUUCAUUGGAUUGCAGUUGCUCGACGUACCGGAUCCAAAGCCUCUUGCGUCACGGUGUCCUUUGAUAUCUGCGAUGAGACAUUUCGCGAGACAUCAUUACCUGUCAACUGUUGGAUUAACCAUGGCAUGUCAGAAUUAGGUACAUGGGAAGGAAAACUCUGCCUAGUUCUUAAGCAUAAGAAGGAUGAUGCUGUUGUGUGGACAAUGAAGGAUUACAUUUGGAGCAAGGAAUUUAGCAUCACGGAAGAGAUAGCAGAUAUGAUUUACGGAAGGCCCAUUCAAAUUUUCCGGAAUGGUGAAAUCCUUUUCGAGAGUUAUCUAUGGAAAGAGCAGAAAGUUGGUUUGAUGGCAUAUGACACAAAGCUCAAAAGAGCCAGAGUACUAAAGAUAUCUAGUCUUCCGAAGCUCUGUGAUAUAGAACCUUUUAUUGGCACCUUGGUUUCACUAAACUCGGCUACUUUUCUUGGGCAAGAAAAACUAGAGGAAGAAUGA